AGCUCGUUCGCUUUGUUGGGAGCAAAUCCUGUGGAUGGGUUUUCAACUAUUGAAAGGCUCCGAGAAGUUAGUGUUGCCAGUCUAGGAAAACCGAAUAUUUCAGACUGGAUCAUAUUCCGCGGUCUUGAAGUCUUGAGUGGCUGAAGCCCAAUGGAAGGACAUAUCUUGAGCACAUACUACCCCAAUCAAACUCCUGCAGGUAGUAGCUCUGGUUCUGCUGUAGGUGCCGCCUUGGAACUAGCUAAUGCUGCCAUCGGCACAGAAACAUCGGGCAGCAUACGUGGACCAGUCGAGUUGAGCAAUGUCAUAGGCUUCAAACCUAGUCGUGGUCUCAUCGGGACCGACUGGGCCAUUCCAAUCUUAUCUCGCCAGGAUGUCACAGGGACUCUCACGGGAGCGGAUCGAGACGCGGCGUAUCUUUCAAAUAGAAUUUCCUGUUGAAGUAAGAGGGAUGAUAGAACUUGGGAUAACCCAUUUGAUUCAAUCCGAUACUUCACUGAUUUUUGCAGCAAUACGGAUCUUAGUGGCAUCAUGAUCUAUAUUCCUUGCAAUACCUGGACCGGAGCUUCACUUGAAC